AGCAGGCGGCGAAGAUGAAGAGAUUGGAGAAGGAGAUGAAGAGAGUUCAGAAGGAGGAGGAAGAGAGAAGAAAGGCUGCCGAAGAAGAAGCGGCAGUAGAAGAAGAAAAAGAGAGAAUGCGUAUUGAGAGUAGAGAGGGGAGCAGUGGCACGAAGAGGGAUACAAACACAGAGAUGAAGAAGAGAAUAAGUGAGUGGGUCGCUAAUUUAUCGUUGGGAGAAGAUGAGGAGGCGGAGUCGUACGUGACUCAGGAUGAGAGACAUGCGCUAGCCAGUGAGCUAGCAGCCAUGGGGGACCUUAUGGAACGGCGAGAAAGGGAGGAGGAGCAGAAGUUGGCAUGGAAGUUAAGGAUGAAGAGGGAGAAGAAGAGGAGGAGAGAGGAAGUAAACAAACUGACCGCAGAGGUGGCGAAGGUGCAGGAGUGUAGGAAAGAAGUGGAGGCCCAAGCAGACGACAAGGCCAAAUGGGAUAAGGUGUUGGGCUACCUAGAGGUGUUGAGCAGAGCAUGGAUGGAGGAGCGCCAGACUGGUUGGAGCCAAGAGGUAGCCCUGAGUGCCAUGCGGUCGGGAUUUAGAGACUUUGCGCGCGAGAUCGUCACCCACAUUUGGGGCGAAGUCAGGCAACUGAGGGAUAACGUAGGGAAGUUUUGUGAGGGCGCCAUUGAGGAUGCCAAAGCGAUAGUCGCUGUAGAGGGCGAGGCUAGACCCCGUAAAGAGCCUGUAAAGCUUAAGUUCCCAGAUGCGUACGGGGGAAAGAAGGAGGAGAACUUUGACAACUGGGAGACCAAUGUCAAUAGUUACAUAUAUCUACAGCACAUCCUGACAGAGGAACAAGUCCUCGUGGCCUUCCAGGCCCUUAAGGAUGAGGCGGCUAGUUUUGCCAGGUCCCUUGCACGCGCAGCCGGUUGUGAAAACAACCUGAUUGCGUAUUCAAAAGUCACCCCCCUUUCUCAAUUCUUCAAGCUCCUGAGGGAGCGAUUCGCUGAUCCAACGAGAGGCAUCAGGGUAUCUGAUAAGUUACAAACGAUCCACUCGCGACAGUGGAGGAGUGCAAGAGCACUCAAGGGCACUAUGGACGACUUGGUAGCCGUCCCAGACCAUGGGGUCACUGAGACCCAGUUGGUCCAAUUAUUUUAUCGUGCCAUACCAGAGCCCUUGCGUGGGCACUUCUUUGAGAAGUCUCAACAGGCCGGCAUCACUUAUGAUGCAUUGAGUAGAGAAGUCGUCCUGUUUGAGUCAAAGUCCAUGCAAGUUUCCACUUUCUGGCACAAGGACUUGGACAAGGGAAAAAGGUGGAAAGGCCGUACCAUCUCAGGCCAGGUGAGGGCCAAGGAUCGCAUGAUCCUUACUUUAGAGGAAGGUGGUACUGAUGAGGUCCCAUACAGUCAGAUUGAGUGGGGCCUAGAGGAGGAGGACAGUAGCGUGGGACAGGGGAGGUCCUAUGCUGCUGUUGCAGCUGGAGGGAGGCCGCUAGUUAGAGGAGGAGGCCAGGGCCAAAGGGGCCAGGCCAUGGGAGGCCGAGGACCGGGCGCACAGGGGGUUGGCGGACAAGGAAACUGCCAAGUGGGAGAUAGGGGUCAAGGUCCCCCGCCAAAUCGCCAAGUAGUUUAUUUAGAUGAUAUCUUAGUUUUUAGUAAGACCCUCCAGGAGCACCAGGGUCAUCUGAGGCAGGUCUUGGAGAAGUUGAGAGAGUCAAACUUCAAGAUCAACGCGAAGAAGUGCGAGUGGGCCAAGACACAAGUCCUGUACUUGGGCCACGUAUUAGACGGAGAUGGCAUUAAGCCAGAGGACAGCAAGAUAGCGGCAAUUAGAGACUGGCCGACGCCCCGCACAUUGACAGAGUUGCGGUCGUUCCUAGGCCUAAUUAACUACUAUAGAAAGUUCGUCAGGAACUUCUCUACUAUCGCCGCUCCCCUGCGCAGGUUGCUUAAGAAAGAAGCAAUCUGGCAAUGGGACAACGAUUGUACAUCUGCGCUCAAGAGACUCAAGUGCGCACUAAUAGAGUACCCUGUCCUUAAGGUAGCAGAUCCGUCCUUGCCAUUUGUCGUCACCACGGACGCGAGUCAGUAUGGAAUAGGCGCUGUGUUGCAGCAGGAUGACGACAAUGGCUAUAGACCCGUAGAGUUCAUGUCCGCGAGGAUGCCCUCAGAGAAGGUAGCCACCUCGACGUACGAGAGAGAACUCUACGCUCUCAGGCAGGCUCUAGACCACUGGAAGCAUUACUUGCUUGGGAGGCACUUCAAAGUGUAUUGUGACCAUGAAACACUUAGAUGGUUAAAGACUCAGGCCAAGAUGACACCUAAGCUGACUAGGUGGGCCGUAGAGAUAGACCAGUAUGACUUUGAGCUCAAGCCAGUGAAGGGCAAGUACAACGUAGUUGCGGACGCUCUGAGUAGGAGAUCAGACUACUUUGGAGCCAUAGUACAUUAUCUGGAUAUAGGAAGAGACCUGCAAGAGAAAGUGAAGCAAGCGUAUGCGCAGGACCCUAUCUAUAGCGACCUCCUAAAGAGAGUUAGAGAGGCCCCAGAGACUGAGCCAGAUUACCGCACUACUGAGGGAUUACUAUUUGAGAAGACCAAUGUGUUUGGCCGUCUAUGCGUUCCCAACAACGAAGAGAUCCGCAGUGUGAUUUUAGGGGAAUGCCACGAUACUGAAGGACAUUUCGGUUGGCAAAAGACAUUAGCCAAUCUGAUGCGUGCGUACACCUGGCCAGGAAUGAAGAAUGACUGCGUAGAGUAUGUCCGCAGUUGUAAAGUGUGCCAGAGGAAUAAGACUACUACAUGCGCGCCCCUAGGUCUUCUCAGACCCUUGCCUAUUCCUGAUCAGUCGGGAGACUCAGUGUCCAUAGACUUCAUGGACACCCAAGUUAAGAGCAGACAUGGUAAGAGCCAAGUCAUGGUCAUAGUUGACCAUUUUAGCAAGUAUGUCGUUUUUGUUCCCUUGCUUGCAGAGGCACGAACGGACUUAGUUAUACAGAAAUUCUUUGACUUUUCGGUUAGUGGGAAUGGAAUCCCAUUGUCAAUAGUUAGCGAUAGAGACAGUCGUUUCACCAGCCAGAACUGGCAAGAACUCAUGAGAGUUUACGGAUCUAAGCUAUUGAUGUCGUCUGGCCGCCAUCCAGAGACAAACGGUCAGACUGAACAGAUGAACAAGAUCCUACAACAAGUUUUGCGCAUGUACAUUAGACCUGACCAGAUCAACUGGGAUGAGAUGUUGCCCAAAGUAGCUAGUGCGUACAACAACAGUGUGCAUCUAUCCACCUGCCGCACUCCCAAUGAGCUGCACAAGUCCUUUAGACCGCGCAGACCAUUCGAAGGAGUGAACCGGGAUCAAAUACACAGGCUACCGCCUGGUACCAGGGAGUUUGCGAUACAACACGAGAAAGAGCUAACAACAGUUGUAGAGAACCUCAGGAAGGCCCAGCAUAGAAUGCUAGAACAGGCUAAUAAGCACCGUCGCCCGUCGCAGUUUCAGGUAGGCGACUUAGUCUGGGUCAAGGCUAAAGAGUUUGCACCUGAGGAAAACAUCUCGCAGAAGCUACUGCCUGCGUAUAGUGGACCGUGGCCGGUUCUAGAAGUCAAGGGCGGAGAGGAUGGACCGUCCUACACUAUAGAGAUUCCAGCACACCUCCACACAUACCCUGUGUUUCAUGCUUCAAAGCUGUUGCCGUGUGUCACAAGUCAACAGUUCCCUUCAAGAAGAUCCAUGAUCCCCCCGGAUAUGGAUGGAAGCUAUGACAUUGACGGCAUUGUAGAUGAAGAUGUCUUUAGAACAGGAGGUAGAGGUCGUCCACAGAAACAGUAUAAGGUCCGGUUUCCUUAUCAGGAACCGGAAGACGACCGCUGGUUCACAAAAACAAAACUUCUAGAAACAGCUCCCGACAUAGUCAGAGCCUAUGAGUGUGAUAAGAAGGGUAAAGGCCCUGCCUUGGACUAAGAUGUUCUCGGAGGACCUCGAAUUUAGGAGGGCGGGAGUGAAACGGUUUUCACCUCUUCCAGUAACAGAUGCAGAUCCCAGGGCUCGAUCCCUAGACCUC